AUGUCGUUUGAAACCUGUUCGAGUAGUCGUUUGGCCAGAAGAUGGCCGCCAAGCCGUUCCUCGCCUCCAUUACUCAGCUGCACUGAGGCGGGAAGCAAAAGGUACCAAUCCUUCCAUUUUUUUUUUGUAGCUUCCAUUCUUCAACCGCGAAACGUGGCAAUCCACCCUGUUCACCACCCGCUUCUUCCAUUUCCCCACUUCCUGCUUUCACUUGUCCAUUUCAUAGUUCACCGACCGUACGUAUGUUCCUAUCUAUCUAUCUAUCUAUCUAUCUAUCUAUCUAUCUAUCUAUCUAUCUAUCUAUCUAAGCGUAUUCAUAUCUAUUUAUCUAUCAUAGUCUCUAUCUAUCUAUCUAUCUAUCUAUCUAUCUAUCUAAGCCGUAUUCAUAUCUAUUUAUCUAUCAUAGUCUAUAUCUAUCUAUCUAUCUAUCUAUUUAUCUAUCUAUCUAAGCGUAUUCAUAUCUAUUUAUCUAUCAUAGUCUAUAUCUAUCUAUCUAUCUAUCAUUGCCUAUUUUAUCUAUCUAUCUAUCUAUCUAUCUAUCUAUCUAUCUAUCUAUCUAUCUAUCUAUCUAUCUACCACUGCCUACACACACACACACACAUACAUAUAUAUAUAUAUAUACACGCACACACACACAUAUAUUAA